AUGACUUGCUUGGACAAGGACAUGGAUAACCUAAACUUGUCCAAUGUAAUUCCCGUGGAUGAGGAUUACGGUCGCUAUCAAUACGAAGAGAGAGAAGAAGAACAGGAUGCAACCUCAUCUUACACCAUAGCCUCGUCUGUCUACAAUUUCCGAGUCGAAAAUGGCCGUCGAUAUCACGACUACAAAGAUGGUCAUAUAUUUCCUUCUGACGACGUCUCACAAGAGAACGAGAUGAUUGGCCAUGAAAUGAUCCUCCUUCUGCUCGACAACAAAUACUACUUGUCUCCUAUCGACGAAUCGUCCCUUGGCUGUGUGGCCGACGUGGGAACAGGAAUGGGCCUGUGGGCCGAAGGAGUCGCGGAGAAGUAUCCCGAUGCCACCGUCGUGGGAAUCGACACCACGCCUCAUGAACGGACCACCCAUCCGAAUUGUUCGUUCAUCAUAUCCGACGCCACCGAAGAAUGGGUUCUGGAUGACCCGUCCAUGAAGUUUGAUCUCGUCCACCUGCGAUACAUGUUCGGCGCCAUCAAGGACUGGGCUGCUUUAUACAAGCAAAGUUUCGACAACAUGAACUCGGGCGGAUGGAUUGAACAGCUGGAGAUAGAAAUCAAGGCCUCCACCGAUGACGAUUCCGAUCGGCCAGGCAGCCACAUCAAGAGAAUAUGUGCCUUGCAUACAGAACUGGGUGCGGCGUCGGGAAGGGAGUUUGACAUUGCGGCGACGAUGAAAGAACACAUCGAGCAGGCCGGCUUUGUGGACGUACAGCAGCAGAGACUGAAGCUGCCUCUCGGCCCUUGGCCAAGUGAUCCCAAAAUGAAAGAAGUCGGCCGACUCUUCGAGCGAUUCUACAAAACGGGCUUGCAAGGCUGGCUGCUCCACAUCUGUACUCGGUCCUGGGGGGUGAGUGUCUUCGGUCGGCUUCACAUCUUCAUUGCCCACCCUGCAGAGGCUGACAUUGCGUGA